AUGAAACUCAGCUCGGCUUCAGUGUUGCGGCUCGAUUACUACUUCGUUAUUCUGGUGAUCGUGGAUCUGAUUCUUCCUUGUUUAAUCUUCCCGAGCUGGAUAAGUAUGAUGAGGCAUGUUGAGGAUGACUUAAAAUUGCAAUCUGAGAGCUUCAGUUCCCAAAUGAAAUCAGAAGUCGAGCACACAGCAAAAAUCUUACACUCGAUGAACUCGACAGCUACAGCUUUAGCCCCAGUUCUGCAUUCAUCUCUAAGCGACACAAAUUUUUCAUUCGUGGACAUCGAAACUAAGGUGGCUCCGUUAAUGUUUCAAGCAUUAUUGGUGGUUCCGCACGUUAAUCAGAUUUCUUAUGCUGGAGUAGACGGACUCUUCUUCACCUACUAUAUUGAUCGCAACCAAGUCUUCGUGCUGUAUGCAAACUCUUCGCUCUAUGCCAAUUCAAGUUCGCCUGACGCAAACUACAUUUGGUAUAAACAGCCGGUAAACCCUAAUACAGGAAAGCUCCAUGGAGAUGCAACCACAUCUCGUCCUCGAUCUCUUGUUAGUUCUUCUUGGUUCCGAGAAGCCUUGAAUAGCACGAAUGGGGUCGCCUCAUUAGACAUUGGAUGGAACCACGCGCAGGACCGUGUAUUUCUUAAUGCUGCGAGUGUCAAUGCAAGAGGAGUAGUCUCUGUUGGGAUUCUUGUCAAGCAAGUAACCGACUUUUUCUCAGACAUAAACUUAGGGGGAAGCAGCUUGUACUUGGUUGGUGAAGAUGGGGAAGUACUUCUACAGGGCCUUCCAAACACCCGUAUAUUUAUUUCUGAUGAUUCUGUUUCAGUUCAGGAAAUGGCUAGAGAUGGUGUCAGAGCAGGUCAUAUCAGUAAAUUUUCCUGCAAAUUAGGCGACGCCAAAUCGGGAACAUCCACAAUGAAUUAUCAGAAAAUGAAGUAUACGCUCCACUGUGCACCAGUCAAUAUAUUGGGAAAGCAAUCUGUGUACGUAUUAGUCGUCCCUGACCAACCAUUGAUUGGUUUUGCUCACCAGAAGCACACAUUAUUGUCACUUCUUGUAGCAUUGCUGAGCAUGGAGGUCAUCACCACUUUGAGUUUUGUAUUCUUAGUUAUGAGGGCUUUGAGAAGAGAGAUGCACAUGCGUGCCACACUUAUAAAGCAAAUGGAGGCAACUUGGCAAGCUGAGCGUAAGAGCAUGAGCAAGAGCAACGCAUUUGCUCAAGCGAGCCACGACAUUCGCACUUCUCUAGCUGGAAUUACUGGCCUUAUAGAGAUAAGUUACGAUGAAGUUUCCCCAGGCUCUGAGCUAGCGAAAAAUCUGAAGCAGAUGGAAGCUUGUGCGAAGGACCUGUUGGCUUUGUUAAAUUCCAUUCUCGAUAUGAGUAAAAUGGAGGCUGGGAAAAUGCAACUAGAAGAAGAAGAAUUCGACUUGGCUCAACUUCUCGAAGACGUGGUCGAUUUAUAUCACCCAGUGGCCAUGAGAAAAGGUGUAGACAUGAUCCUAGACCCAAGCGAUGGCUCGGUCCUCAAGCAUUCACUUGUUAAAGGUGAUCGAGGAAAGCUCAAACAGAUCCUGUCUAAUUUGUUAAGCAAUGCCGUUAAAUUCACGGACAUUGGUCAUAUAUCUGUUCGAGCAUGGCUUCAAAAACCCAGCUUCGAAAAUUCAAUACAGGCUUCUGCUCGGAAUAGCUGGCUGACAUGCUUAUCAUGCUUGUUCUCUGAGAAAGACGAGAAUGACGAUGAAGCAGUGAGUGAAGUCCGGCAAAAUCCUGCUUCUGCAGAAUUUGUAUUCGAGGUAAAUGAUACGGGCAAAGGAAUUCCCAAAGAGAAGUGGAAGUCGGUCUUUGAAAACUAUAUCCAGGUGAAAGAAACGGCUCAAGGAAAAGGAGGCACCGGUUUGGGCCUCGGCAUUGUUCAGUCUCUGGUUCGCCUCAUGGGUGGAGACAUAGAGAUAGCGGAUAAGGACAUUGGCGAGAGAGGGACAUGCUUCAGGUUCAAUGUUUUUCUCACUCCAUGUGAAGCCGGCGCCGAGAAAUCAUCAGACAGAGACCUUGGGCCCAGAGGUUACAGCAUGGCAUGCAGUCUUGGGUUAACUGUCCACACUCCUAGUCCUGCCCCGAGCUUUCGUAGCUCUCGACAAGCCCUUAGUCCCAGAUCAGAAGGCUCUCGUGUUGUGCUACUGAUCCAGAGUGAAGAGCGGAGGAGAAUUUGUCAGAGUUUCAUGGAAAGACUUGGAAUAAAAGUACUCAUAGCGAGCCAGUGGCAGGAUCUUCGUAUAAUUCUCAAGAAGGUGCGAACAAAGGUCAACCUCUCGCACCAUAGCUCCUCAGGAAAAUCGGACAUGAGUUUGGGGAGCGUUUCCAGUGACAAGUCCAAUGGCAAAGCCAGGGCGUGCCUCUAA